AUGACGCUGAUCGAACCGUUCCAGAUUGAGGAUCUUCUCGAUGCUAACUCGGUCAACUUGGACCCGCUCACCGAGAAUUUCAAUCUCCUGUUUUAUAUGGAGUACCUCAACGAGUGGCCGGGGCUCUUCUUCAAAGCCACUGAACCUUACAGUCUGUUUGGCCAUCUGAAGGAAUUGGCGGGCUACAUGAUGGGGAAAACUGAAGGGCAACUUGCUCGUAAAGAAUGGCACACUCAUAUUACUGCGGUUACCGUUCAGGAUACUUACCGUCGUAUCGGGUUGGCGCUGGAAUUGUGUCUCCAAUUAGAGCGCAUCACCGCUGGACCGCCGCAUAAUACUUUGUUUGUCGACUUAUUCGUUAAAGUGACCAAUGAGUUGGCUCGUAAGAUGUAUGAGAAGCUUGGCUACAGUGUUUAUCGACGGGUCGUGGGGUACUAUGGUGGGAAACUAUCAGAAGAUCGCACCGCUAUCAAUGAUGAAAUCGACGCGUUCGAUAUGAGAAAGUCACUACCAUGUGACGAGAAGAACGAAACGGUUCGUGAACAUGGCGAGAAGUUCUAUGUGUUGCCGCAAGAAGUAAUCUUUUAG